AUGCCGUCCGCAACAAAGGCGGCAGAGCGCAACUACGCGGCGAAUCCGCGUAACACGGAAGACGCCUCCUACCCGGCGACGGAGCCUGGGGAGAUCGACAAUGCCAGCAUUUUCUCCGCCUCCGUCGAGUUUGACGCAGCUGAGAAGCCGCAUGCGGCAGACGCCCGCGCCAACGGUAGGAACGGCGACGGCGACGCGCAGGAUGCCUCGGACAGGGAACGUUCGUUGGCCUCGCCGGAGAGCCUAGAAAGGCACGGGGGGCCAGCUCCCACUAAUGUACUGCGCAAGCAGCCGAAGCAGCCGACGCGAUGGGAGCCGCUCGGCCUCGCCGUGCCGCAGGACGACCCCGAGGAUGAGUUUGACAUCGGCACUGCACGGAAGCCGGUGUUCCAGGAGGAGGCGGAGAAGACGAAGUACGCGUUUGUCAACGGUGAGCCGGAGAUGGAGGGGGAGGUGAUGUCCUGCUUCGAGGAGCCCGGCCUGCUGUACCGCAUUGUGAACAAGAAGAACAAAGUCUGGGCCUUCUACAACGACAGCCUCGCCUUCGAGGUGCACGUCACCUGCACCUUUGGCAAACACUCCAAGGUGGAGCCGCUGGGGCGCACAACGAUGUCUCGCGCGCCGGACGGCAGCUACACCGCGGAGGUGGUGGUGUACCCCACGGAGACGGAGUUGUUCAUGAAGGGCUUUGUGAACGGCUUCAACAGCCGGCUUCGUGCCUUGCCCCUCUCGGACGAAUACUUCCAGACACGCGACGCGCUGCAGCACAGCCAGGUCCAGGAGGAGAUUGCCGCCGUGCAGGGCCUCGUUGGUGAGUGGAAGGGGGCCGAGGAGGCGUUGAAGCGGUGCAUUGCGGAGAAUGUCCCUUUCACCGACCUGGAGUUCCCGCCGGUGUGGAACAGCAUUCAACGCGGGGCCACCCGCACGCCAAAGCAGAUGCCGUGGUUUCGUCCGCGGAUGCAGCUGCGCGAGGAGCUGGUCGACCAGCUGCGCCUCUUCCGCAGUAAAGUUGCCCCCGGUGACGUGCAGCAGGGCGAACUCGGCGACUGCUGGCUGAUGUGCGCCAUGGCCACGCUGGAGGAGAAUCCGGCGGAUGUGAUGCGGCUGUUUCGCUGCCCGCUUGGUGCGGCGACGGCGCGGCUCGAGCGCGCUGUUGGGGCGUAUCGCGUGACACUCAACACCAAUGGCCUCUGGGGCAGCGUCAUUGUGGACGACUAUUUUCCAGGCUAUGCGGGGAGGCCGCGGUUUGCCCACAGCAGCGACGCCUGUGAGCUCUGGCCCUCGGUGCUCGAGAAGGCCUUCGCCAAGGUGAAUGGUAGCUACGGCCUGGUGCAGUCUGGCGACCCCGUGCACGCCCUCAGCGACAUGACAGGGUGCCCCUCCUCGCGCUUCGACGAGGCCUUCGCCGAGGCGCAGAAGGACGGCGGCGAGGCGCUCUUCCAGCAGCUGCUCCAGCACCGGAAGUGCGGGUACCAGUUGGUUUUGACGACGGCGGGAAAGGCGCCUGCCCUGAUCAUCGGCACAAACAAGCUGGCCGGCGUCCUUGGCGAGGGGCAGGAGCCGGAGCAUCUCCUCGAAGGCACCGGCAUUUUGCCCGGCCACGCCUUCACCGUCACAGACGUGCGCCACUUCCCCGAGCACGGGGACGUGCGACUGCUGCAGAUCCGCAAUGUGUGGGGCUCCUGCGAAGACUGGGGCGGGCCGUGGUCUGCGACGAGUGCGGAGUGGGAGGCGCACCCGGAGGUGAGCCGCGCCUGCGGUGCCGGCCGCGACGCCGCCGAUUCGACGAUCUGGAUGGACUGGCAGCACGUGCUGAGGUGCUUUGAGGGGGGCGGGGUGAUCUACCGCCACGUGGCCUACGACUACCGCCUCCCCCUCACCUUCGCCGACUGCCGCCCCUCGGUCGUUCUCGAGGUGAGCGUGGCGAGCCCGGUGUGGAUCUGCUUCAUGCUGCGCAACAUUGACCCCCGCACCACGCGGGACUACGCCGACCACGCCGACGAGCCGCACGAGUACCCGCCCCUGAUGCUUUCCCUUGCCACGGCGCACGAGGCUCAGGACGGGGCCUUCCGGGUCAUGAAAAACACCUCUGUGGACACCGCAGCGCCGUCGGGAGACAAGUGGACCUUCGUGCAGGCGCGCGAAAUCAGCAUGCUGUGCCGCCUCAUCCCAGAGGCGUCGCCGUACCUGCUCAUUCCACGCAUGAUGGAGAGCGAGGACACCGUGAGCGGCAGCCAGCAAUGGUUCGCUAACCUGCGCAACCGGGUUUCCCCGCUGCACUUCAACAACCGCAGUGAGGCGCAGGCGGCGGCCGUGGCAGAGGGGGCCGCGGAAGUCCCCGUCGUGUUGGGGGUCCGCUGCUCGAAACCCAUCGGCGCGGAGGGCGAUGGCGGGGUAAAGGUUGACUUUAAAUGCCUUGGCGACGACAAUGUGGUGUUCGAGAACUUCCCGAAGUUUCCGGCAGAGACGGUGACGCAGAAGGGCAUCUACUACCAGGUGAUGCCCCCCACGCGGGGCUACGCGGAGGAGAGGGUGGGCGCCUCCAUCGCCUGA